CGGCGUUUCAACUUUAAAUUUAAAUAAAAAAUCCGAGAAUGGGCGAAACGACGUCGGAAGAGACUAUAAACAUCUUCCUUCAUCGUGCGACCAUUGAGUUUUCGAUCUGUGUGUGCUCUAUCCCCCCUCUUCUACACUUGCAAAACUUGAUCGAAACCCUACCCAUCCAAAGUCACCGAUCUCGGAAAACCUUGAAUUUCUACAAUUAGGACGAAGAAUGCUUCUUUGUCUUCCUCCAAGAAUGGAAACGAUGAGUCAUGCAGAAGAGAGGAUGAAAGAGCACAGCGGUAGCCCAAAGCCCACACAAGGAACAUUCGAGGUUCCGACGAUAAAGACGAAGGUAAAUUCAAAGGACUUUCCACAUAUGAAGCUGACUGUGAAGUCUUCACUGCAAGACUUCCAAAAAUUGAUGAAAGAAAAGUUGUGCGAUCAUAUGGAAAUACUAGAAGUGUUUAGGAGAGAUUCUCCUUUUGGUGCUUUCCUUGAUGUCCAACUUGUUCCCCCUCCAGCCAUGUUAUGGCAGUUGAUGGUUAGGGAGGCUAAUGUGGAAGGAGCAAAAGGUUCUGAAAUGUGGUUUGUAGUAAAUGGAGUUCCCAUUAGAUACUCUCUAAUGGAAUUUUCCUUGAUUACUGGACUCAAAUGUUCACAACUAGCUCCCGGAUACAAAGAGCAGUAUGAUAAGGAUUCACUGCCUUUUUUCGUUAAAGAAAACUGGUCAAAGGGUGUGGUAUGUUACACUUCAGUUGUCGAGAGGUUCUCAAAAUUGUGCCAGCUACUUGACGAUGAAGGGAAGAAAGAGUAUGCACUACAGUGGAUAGUGAAGGUGGCGACAUUGAUGUUUGUUGUUCUCGUUUUAAUUGGUCAUGCUAAGAAAGAUGCCCCAGUUCCGAAAUGGAUCCUUGCCACUGUUGCAAACUCUGAUGAUUCCAUGUCUUUCCCAUGGGGGACAUGGGCAUUCCUGGAGUCCCUCCGUAUCCAAUCUUUGGGGAAGGACUUAGUUUCAGAAAAAAGAAGCUUGUCAAAGGCGGGAAUACAUCAAACACCCUCCGAUACACUGGCUUUGUCCUCCCCUCAUCCGAGCAUUCUUCUUCCAGAAGGAAGUGAAAUACGUGCCCCUUGGAUCACCAGUCUGACCUCCUUGCCUUCUGUUUCCAAUCCAACUCUAGGAGAAUUCGUAAGGGGAAUCCAAGGUGGUGACAAGAAUAUUCAAUUAUGCAUGAAAAAACAACUUCUGACCCAAGCAAGUGAAGAUGAAGUUGCUGUAGGAAGGAAUUCAUCAUCAGAUGAAGUUCACUCUUCAAGUGAGGGGUCAGAAGUCCCCUCCAAAAAGUAUGUCCUUAGGAGGAGACAAGUAUCAAAGCCGUGCACCCCACAUGGAAAGGCUGAGCACACACCUAUGUUGGAAAGGACAACCAAUAUCAAGGCUUCAUCUUUAAGUGGAAAUUCUAGUCAAAUCUUCCCUAAUUCACUGAAAGAUUACAUUGAUGGUAAAUUUUCUGAGCUUCAAAAGACGCUAUGUCAGGAGGUUGAAAAUUUCUUGGAAAGAAUAUUUCAGACACUAGAAGAAAGAAUUCUCUUAACUUUACUUGUAUCCUCAAAGGGAAGGACUGACGAAGCGAAGGAAGACGAUGGGAAGAAAGAAGAGCCGGUGGAAGUGAAUGAGGUCAACCACUCUAUACAUGAAGGGGUGGACCAUAAUGAAGAGGAUGAAAUAAAAGAUGGGAAGGAAGAAGAUGAGAAGGUCGACCCCCCUUAUUUUGAAUGGGUGGACCAUAAUGAAGAGGCUAUUAAAGAUGGGAAGGAAGAAGAGCCGAUGGGAGUGAAUACGGUCGACCCCUAUAGUUUUGACGGGGUUGACCAUAAUGAAGAGGAAAAAAAGAUGGGAAAGAAGAAGAUGGGAAGGAAGAAGUUGGGAAGGAAGGAGAUGGGAAGGAAGAAGAUGAGCCCAUUGCAGAAAAUAUGGUCAAGCUCUCCAGAAGAAGAGGAAAAGUUUGCAGUUGAGGGAGAGGCCAAUGAAGAUGAGAUGGCAAUGAGUGAUAAAAUUGUCCAUGAUGUUGUUGAAUUCUGCAAAUCAACUGAAAACAAUGUUGAUGAGAAAGUUGAGUCCAAUGGUGACGUCUUGAGAGAACUAACAGAUGUGGAUGAAGUCGCUGCUGCACGGGUAAAGGUUAUUAAUAGUAAUGUAUCAAAUGAGCUGGAUAAAGCCGAAGAAGAGAAACUCAACAUACGAAGGAACCCAUCUAGCCAACAACUUGAGGCCUUCCAUCAAUUCAUCCAGUCGGCAAUUGCUGAUGGGAGAGAAGUUCAGUGUAUCAUGGAAAAGAGGGGAGAGUCCCACGGUAUUGUUAAGAAGUGGUGGAGUUCCUUGAUCAAGGCCGGCGGCUGGUUGGAGACCACGCAUAUGGAAGAAAUCAUGAUCUACUUCAUGAAAAUGUAUAACAAGAAAGAUAGAACAUAUGCCGUCCUCCUAGAGAGCUUUCAAAUGUUAGGUGAGGUCAAUGCCACUACUGAACUAUUUCCAAUCCUGGACACCGGCCUCGCAGAAAUAGUUCUUGUUUUUGGCAAAGACAAUUGGGUGACCUACCCCAUUAGGUUUCCAGAAUAUGAUUCAGGAGAGGAUGAUGAUGAUAUUCAAGGUUCAUUUGUUCAUAAACUCGAGGCGCACAAUGUUAUCCCCAAGGAGUCAUAUUUGGAGUUGCCAAGGUCUUUUUGCGCCAACAACGGAAUUUCUGAUGGCACAAUGAACAUUAAGAUUUAUGGCCCGGAAAUGUUUCCCAAUGAAGUCACCCUCUCUGUCAAGGAGAGUGGUUGCAGGCUCUCCAAAGGAUGGCAUAAUUUUGUGGAGGACAACGGGUUAAGGCUUGGGGAUAAGGUUGUGCUUACCUUCAUUGCAGAAAAUACAAUCAUUGUUUAUGCUUUUCGCCAUCGUAUGCUACCCAGGCUUACCAAUUAUUAAAACUAUUAAACACUUUUAUAUUUGGUGGUUGUUUUGUAUAUAUUUUUAGUAUGAUUACAAUCAUUUCUAGUUUAAACGCUACAGUCAUAUUUUCUUAAUUGUAUUUUUGUUUUCUCAAUCGUAGACCUAUUUUCAAAUACAUAAAUCCAAAUGGAUCGUUUUGGAAUGGUCAGGUCGACCUUUAUAAAAUAUCCAUCGACCUUAAUAAAUUACAGUUGAUCUU